AUGCCCUCCUCUUCGAUCAGCAAGAACUGCUGCGGAAAUGGGAGCAGCCAGCCGCCACCGUCCUCUGGUUGCUGCCAGGAUUGCCGCUGCUGCAAGCAGAGCUAUGAGCACCUGCCCGUGCCACGACUGCAGCACCAGCAGCCACCGCCUCCGCUCUACCAGAACCAGCAACAGCAACAGCCGCCAGCGCUCUACUCGAGUCAGCAACAGCCGCAGCAACAAGUCAGCUGCAUCACGACCCUGCAACAGACGACAACCACCCAGCAAAUGCAGCAGCUUCCGGCCACACCUGCCCCAGGGUUUGCGUAUGGAAAUUGCCUGGUUCCGCAUGUGCCUGAAACUACGACGACAACAACCUCCAACACAUACGUGAGCAAUGCUCUUCCGGAAACAGUGCGGCACUGCCACACGAAUUGCAGGGGAAAUGAGAGCAGCCAGCAACCAUGCAGCAACAACAACGGCAACAGCAGCCACCUGGCACCACCAGCCGCACAGCCAAUGAUCUUUCUGCCCUUCAUGUUGCCCAUGCAACAGCAGCCGCAUAUGGCAUAUCCGCCUCCCUGUGCACCGCCAGAAGAUUUCAAGGCACUGAUCCAUGGGAAACCAGCGCCGCCACCACCACCACCGCCACCGCCACCGCCACCGCCUCCGAUCAGAAGCUACCAGCAGAUGAUGCAACCGCCUCCUCUUGCGUAUCAGACGGCUCUGCCCUAUCAGAAGACAAAGCCGGCUCCGCCACUGCCGCCACCCCGGAAUGUUCAGACCUUAAAGUCCGUGGCAUCAACGGCAAUCGACGCGUACCAAAGGCACGGCGACGGCGACAAGCCGUGCAGCAGCAAGGAACAGGCUAAAAAGUGA